AUGGAUUAUGAAGACAAAAAGUUUCAAAAUGUUUCCAAGGAGGGAUUGAAACUUGGGAAGGAUGCAAAAAAUAAGGACCUGAAGGAGUCCUUCAAGGAUCUGACCAAGUGGUGGAAGAAGGCCCUUUCCAAUAAGAAUGUAGAUGAUGUGAAGAUAUCCAACCGUUUGGACAACACACCUUGUGUGGUAGUGACGUCAACAUAUGGCUGGAGUGCUAAUGUGGAGAGAAUCAUGCAAUCUCAAACGUUGUCAGAUGCUAGCAAGCAAGCAUACAUGCGUGGCAAAAGGGUUCUUGAGGUCAAUCCUAGGCACCCUAUCAUCAAGGAGCUUCGAGAGAGAGUAACAAACAACCCUGAGAUAGCCCUCCUUGAAAGCGGCUUCAUGCUAAAUGACCCUAAGGAUUUUGCCUCCUGCAUUUACGAUUCAGUGAAGUCUAGCCUAGACAUCAGUCCUGAUGCAACAGUUGAAGAGGAAGAUGAUACUGCUGAUGCUGAGGCUGAAAGUGAUGCAAAAGAAGCUGCUGCUGCGUUAAAGGCCGAAGAUGAUGGUGAUGCCAAGGACGAGCUGUAG